AGCGGAGGAAGGAGGUGAUGGUUGAUGGUGAUGGAGGGAGGAGGAGGAGGAGGAGGAGGAGUAGGAAGAGGAGGGCUGAUGUGUGCUGAUCAGAAGCAGGUCUGAUGAUGAUGAUGGUGAUGAUGAUGAUGCUAUGAGUCAGAGAGCGGAGGGUUCGGGAUGCUCACAGCCGCUCCAGAGUAGAGAAACCCUGCACACAGAGAGACAGAGGACCCGCCUGAGGAGACACGCAUAAAGUCAGAUAUCCAGAGCAGCAGGCGGACCUUAUCUCCCAGAAUGCCUGAGCAGAGUAAUGAUUACCGGGUGGUGGUGUUUGGAGCCGGUGGAGUGGGGAAGAGCUCGCUGGUCCUUCGGUUUGUCAAAGGCACCUUCAGAGACACCUACAUCCCCACUGUGGAGGACACAUACAGACAGGUGAUCAGCUGUGAUAAGAGCGUCUGUACGCUGCAGAUUACUGACACAACAGGAAGUCAUCAGUUUCCCGCCAUGCAGCGACUUUCCAUCUCUAAGGGCCACGCCUUCAUCCUAGUGUUCUCCAUCACCAGCCGCCAAUCACUGGAGGAGUUGAAACCCAUAUACCAACAGGUCCUGGCCAUCAAAGGUACAGUGGAGUCCAUUCCCAUCAUGCUUGUGGGCAACAAAAGCGAUGAGACGGCUCAGCGCGAGGUGGAUACGAAGGUGGCCGAGGCUCAGGCUGCAGCCUGGAAGUGUGCCUUCAUGGAGACAUCGGCCAAGACAAACUCCAACGUGAAGGAACUGUUCCAGGAGCUGCUGUCCCUGGAGAAGAAGAGGGACAUGAGCCUGAGCAUCGACGGCAAGCGCUCAGGAAAACAGAAACGAGCCGACAAAUUGAAGGGGAAGUGCAGCAUCAUGUAGAGCGAGCGCUGGACUCGCUGUAGAGAAGUGGAAACAGCAGAGGAGGCAGGAGGGGGAGUCUGCUAAUGAACUCCAAUAGAGACUCCCCCCCCCCACCUUUCCCUGAUGCCAGGGCCUCUGGGAUGCCCCUGGCCCUGAACUGGAUUGUGUUUGUGGCUGCGACACACUUACAUAUCAACCAUCAACCAUUCCACCUAUAUUAUAAUAGAGGAAUACUCCACUGAUAUCUUAUUUGCGUAUCUUGGGCCAAGCCAUGAAUGUAACUUUUUGCAGAAGCAUAAUGUUGAUAAGAUAGAUCUUUAUUUAUUCCUUGGGUAAUUGUUGAGCAGCAGACGCAGUACAAAGAUUAGAGGAUUAAAGAUUGUAAACCAGAGACCAGAUAACAUUUCAGAAAUAAUGAAGAGAUUUGAACAGGUGUUUUCUAUGCUAUGCUAUAUGUAACCUCACAAAACAAUGGAGCUAGCUAACAAUAUGCUAACUCUUGGCUUAGAAGUAUGUUACAUUACUACAGUAGACAGUAAAGAUAGUUAGCUGAACAUGCUAACUCUAAGAACCUAAAGUAGAGUAGAUCGAUUCUUUAAACAUUUAAUGUUGUGAUUUUGGUUUUAAAACAAACCCUUUACUCUGCUGUACUGUAGCUACAUGCUUAGCUAAGAUUUGACAAUCACGGUCACCUCGUUAAAAGGCGCACUUUAGCUUCUCCCACCAUCCUCUCAUGUGGUUUGGUUGGUGCCCUGAGUAGAGGAUGGGAGCACUGGUUUACUUGUUUUCAUAUCUGCGACCACACCCUGUGGUAAGCUGCUUCAUGAAUUUUCGCCAGAUAUUGAUCAUAAAUGCAGCCAUUAAACAGCUACAGAUAAGGCUGAAAACAGUGAAGUAUUCCUUUAUCUAACAGGACGAGCAACGAGUCCAUUAUGAUUAUAUUCUGGCUGUGACCGCAAACUACAGGAUGUUCCCUGCACUGAGUCGGCUCUGCUUCCUGCUCAUCAUUAGAAGAACGCCUCCAAAAGAGCUAAAGGUCUUUACCCUCCACAUUAACAGCAUGGCCGGUCUGAUAAGCUGACAGACUGCAGCAAACAACAGACUCUCUUAAUACAUCAGUAAAGUCAAAAUGGCUUCAAUGAUUUCCACAAGCACAAGCUGGCCUUCCAUUGUUGUUUUCAUCUCUGUCAGUCUCUCUGGAGACAACAUCCGUAAGCAUAAGCGGGACAAACUGUAUAUAUCAUUUAAAGAGUCAGGAAUUAUCACUUGUUUCAUUUUCAUCACCCAACAAUCUCCCAAAUGUUUAAAAGCAGGUGCAUUUUGGGCAGAAGGAAUUUUGUGUGGAAUAAAAUAAAGACAAAAUUAUUGACGUUCACUAGUCUGACAAUGUUGAGUGCUCUUUUAAAAAUAGCAGAGUUCAAAGUAGAGAUCAAUUGUGUGGCUCCACGGAGAUUUUGAGCACUUUAAGGACUUUUUUGGCUUCAAGGUUCAAUAAAAAGCUUAUAAGACAAAUGAAACAUGUUGCUUUUGUCAGCUGUAAUAAAAGUGUCUUCAUUGUUUGCCAGGACCAAUACUAAAAGCUUUCCGUGUUUCAUGUCAAUCGGACAGAUUUUGAGGGUGUGUUUGCUCUCUCCUGAUGGAGUUAGUUCAAGGCUGUCGUUUUUAAAUGGGUUGGUUUGGAUAGGUCCUGCCCCACGUGGUCUUUGCUGAUGUAGUGCCACUUCUUAUCUUGUUUCUCUUAAGUUAAACAAGAUAAUUAUAUUUCAUAACAAAAUUGUACUUUGUACUUCUUUCCCCCCUGCUUAAAGUCUCCCUGUACUGAUAUCCCUCUUCUGAUGAUAUGUAUGAUAUGUUCUGAUAUGAUGUAAAAAAUGAUUGAAUUGUUCCUUUAACUAUCAGUAAAAGGACUGUCCUUUGUGCGAGCAGCAGCUGUAUAUUUCAAAUGCCUUUCCUACCACUUUACUUGACAGUUUAAUAUAUUCUUGAACAUAAGUGGGCUUAAAACUUUACAAAGCACAAACACAACAAACUAAAGCAAGCACACGUUGAUCCUGCAGAACAUCUGUUAUAUUAUGUCCAUGUCAGUCCAUACUGAUCACAUUUAUGCACUUUUGAAAAAUGCUUUGUGUUUCUUUCCACUGUAAAAAGCUUUAUGACAAGUUCUGUGUCCAAGAGGUCACCACAUCCUCCCUGUUACAUCAUUUUGGCUUCAGCAAUAUUAAAAUGUCUUUACUCUGUAUGUGGGGAGCGCUGGGGCUGCAGGAGGGAAAUAAAUAACUUUACAUUCCAGUU